AUGGUGCAAUUGUUGCAUUCUAAUGGUCAGUUUACAGGUUUACCACAUGAAGAUCCCCAAUUCCACAUUCAGAACUUCUUGGAGAUUAACGAUACAUAUACGCCUAUUGGGGUCUCUCCUGACUAUGUGAGGUUAACAUUAUUUCCAUUCUCUUUGUUAGGGGAAUCCAAGAGGUGGUUAAAGUUGGAGCCACCUAAUUCAAUCAUUCAUGGAAUGAUUUGGCCCACAAAUUUCUUAUCAGGUUUGGAACCUAACACAAAAAUUCUUCUUGAUUCUGCUGCAGGUGGACAAGCCUUGGAGAAAACAUAUGAUGAUCUAUAUACAUUGCUAAAUCGCAUAUCUCAAGGAAAUCUGAAAUGGAAUAGAGGAAAUGCCCGCCUAGUUGUGCAAAAACAAGCAGGUAUGUUAGAGAUUGAUGCAGUAACCACGUUGACAACAGAAUUUGCAUCAAUGCAAAAUAUGAUGACAACGCAUUUCAACACGAUAGCCAAAGGACAACAGAAAGCAUCAGUAAGCAUAGUUCAACAACCACCUACAUGGUGUGAGGUAUGUGAAAACAAUGAACAUGUGGCUGAAUAUUGUGGAGCAAAUCCAGAGUCAGUAAAUUUUAUGGGUAAUGCACCUAGAAAUGGUGGAAAUCAAAACUAUGGAAACACCUAUAACCCAAAUUGGAGAAACCAUCCCAACUUCUCUUGGGGUGGAAAUCAGCAAAAUCCACAAUAA